AUGCCUACUGAAGCGCAGAUUGCCGGCGGCCACAAAGCCAACUUGAACAACCCUAACACCAGCCAGGAGGCUAAGGAACAUUCCAAGCAAGUUCUGGAGAACGAGUUCAACGGCGGAGACGUACCUAAGUCUAGCGGUGAUGAUGAUAAUAAGAACCCUGGGAAUGUUGCCGGUGGUUUGAAGGCAGCAAUCAAAAACCCAAACGUCUCUGAAGAGGCCAAGCAGAGCGCAAAGGAGCGUCUCAAUGAUAUGUAA